AUGACCACACAAAUUGUAAAACAACAACAUGAUUCAUGGAACAAAUCCACAACCAUCCACGCCACACAACAAUACAUUCCUGGAGCAGACAAUCAAACAGAUUAUUGUCCAUUUACAAAUUCGAAUGUUCAACCCGUCGAGUGUGUCGAUUGUUUUUGUUAUAAUGGAUUAAGUUGUUGUACCAAUAAGAAUGACAAACUAAUUCAAGUGUAUUUGGAGGCAAGAAUUAAUCAGACACAAUUCCCAAAAUGUUUUGAACAAUUAAGAAAAUUGAAAUGCAUUGCCUGCUCUCCAGCAUCCUAUCUAUUUGCCAAUUCAACCAUUCAAACCGAUCCAGAUGGUGGUUCUGGUCGAAUUUCCAUCAUGACACCAAUCAUUUGUCAAGAUUUUUGUGUGGAAUUAGUUUCAGCAUGUCAACAAGAAAAUGCAACCUAUACAGAUCCAAAUGAAAAUAAUGAAUAUGUAAAUGUAUUUCCCAAUGAUGUGAGAGCACAACUUUUGUGUGGCAUUGUUGAUCCUUCCCCUCCUCAAAAUUAUUCACAACAACAAUUGACAAGUGACAAGAAAAAUGCUUGGGAAUGGAUCUUGUUCAUUAACAAUGCAAUGGAUUCCACUCUAAGUGUGUGGAAGAAAUUUUUCACAUCAACUGUUUUUUCCAUUCAUCACAUGAAGAAGGAUUUUUUUGAAUCUUGGAGUUCAGAAUCACAACAAUUUUCAACUCUUGUGGUGGAUGACAUUCCAAUUGGAGUCUCUUUGAAUUGUAAUACAAAUUUAUACAAAUUGCAACAUUGUUACCCUGGAACUUCCAUGAUUGUGGACUCUGCUUUUAUGACCUCUAUUUUAGUGUAUGUUUGGGUGUUGGGAUUGGUGGUGAGUGCAGUGGUGGCAGGUCUUGUGUUUCUUUGUAAAUGGAAAACACGAAGUUAUCAACAAAUCAUGUAA